AUGCUGAAGCAUACGUGCCACCUCUUGGUGGUCUUCACUCAAGGCGUCCCGGCUCUCAAACGCUUCGCUCAAUUUAACUUUUUGCCCUCCAAUCCGCUGUCAUCCUCCUGUCUGUGGCUGGACGAGGACGACUUUCGCGCCACGCAGGCGACCGCGUCCGCCUUAAAUGUGCCGAACCCUCUCCGAAUCGAUCCCUACGCCCAUCACCCUCGCCUGUCUCGCUUCGCUCCUGCACAGGCGAGGGUGACUGCCAACCAAGAGGAGAGAGUGCGGAAGACUAGCGACGCUAAAGACAAGACACACAACGGCGUAGUCUUGGCGAGGACGGUGGCAGCGCAUGGGGCAGGCCUGCAAGCGGCACAUGCUGCCGGUGCCGAAGUUCCAGAUCAGUUACACACUGCAGCGGAUGAUUACACAGCGGGACACGAGGUGCCCACCGGGCCCGUGCCGACGGGCGACCAUUCAGGCGUCGGCGCUCAGCACAGUACGGAGGAGGCGACCCCGCUGCGCCACCGCCGAGGGCGACCGCCAGGGAAUACAGUCGCAGCUGCGGAGGAUGGGCAGCACUACCAGGUCCCCAUCUGCACUGUUACACUCACAAAGUCGCUUUAUCUCUUCAACAUGGAUCAAAUGUACUUGUUCGAGGAAAAAGGCACUGCUUUGUCUUCACUGGCUGCACAUCGUCUUGGUAAUGCAGAGGUGGACGGAUACGAUGCGGAGCACGACGACGCUAUUACUGCGUUGUCACCGCGGGACCGGGGCUUUCCCGACAGUGAAGGACAGCUUGCACUCUCGGUGGGUUCAACGCUACCUCGAGAUGGGUCGACCAUCAUACCCAGUGAGGUAGCUCCGCUCCUGUGGUCUCAGGAGCAUCACAUCAUGGAAGGCGUUCGGAUGCUGCAGCUGAAUUUUCCAAACAUUGCCAGCGAUCAAUGCAGCUCUCAAGGGUUCCGGCGUAUGUAUUCGAUUCACUCACGCCGCCCGUACGCUUUAAUGCGCCAGAAAGCCCUCAACCUUCUCGCCCAUCGUCAUGGAUACCACUCACAGUGGUGGGGCACCUAUAAACAGUGGUUGAGGAUUGGUGCCGUACCGCUACCUGGCCAAGCCGAGCACAUUGUGCCGAUUGCAGUUCCGUCCAAGGUGGUGCACAUAUCGCUCAUCGAGGACGCCGAGACAGUCUUGCAGAGGUGCUUGAUUUUAGCGAAGCACAAAAAACUUAUCUAUUUUUUCUCGGGUUAUUCGCACCAACGCGGCUCCCCGGAGAGCAGAGGCGGCGACAUGGGAGCGCAGUCGCCGGCCCAUGCAUGGCAGCCACUGCGUUCGCUAUCCUGCCCCGGCACCCCAGUGGAUCACGGCAGUAGAGUGCACGGCUUUGAGAAGAUGCUUAUUUGUAUGCAGGAGGACAUGCGAGUCAACAGGUGGUCACUGCCCGUGUACUUCACCUUGCGACAGAUCCGUAGGUUCGAGCUGAAGCUUCGCCCCGACGCUGUUGGGCUUCUGCCAGCGUCGGCUGGGGCGGCAGGCGCGCACUACAUUCACGCCACUGCUGAGGCCGUCGAGACCGAGAACGGGAAGGCGAGUGCGGCGGACGAAGGUGUGACCACAGCGGCGGAUACACUGGCGACUACUGACAGCGCCAACACAGCAUCGACAGAAUGUCGGGGUGGCAGGGCUCUGCCGUUUGGUACUGCGACGAUCCCUACCACACAGAGUACUAUGGCGACAGCGCGGGGCUCUGCUGAGACGUUCCAGUACUGGUACCACAUAUCGCAGGUGUACUUCCCCGAUUCUUAUCUCGUGCCAUCCGUCGUCCUAACAGCGGAGUUCGAAAACCCCGGCGUGGCACUGAAUGGGGUGAGCGGCCAACGACUACCGUACCCUGCCCUGCUCUAUGAGUCUUUGGUCAAUCAGCACCCCGAAGUUGCCGCGGCCGUGCGACAGGCUUCCGUUUCAGCCGAGGCAUUUGGAACGCACCACGCAACUUCGGAGGUGCCCCGCGAGUCAACAGAGCACCACGGUAGUGCAGAUGCUCGGGGAGAACUUCCAGUGGAGGAGGGCUCUGGCAGAAACCAGGAUAUAGCGUCGCCCUGUGCUUCCUCUGCUGCUGGCACCUUCGGCUCCGCGUAUAUCAAGGUGGACGAGGAGGAACUUGCGAUUGCGCGGUUCGUCGCUACGAACUCCUCACCUAAGCGCACGCAGGGGCGGUCCUUGUGGUACCAGGCUCAGGACGUGCUUGCCGCGGGUGGUGUGGUGGACGUGAACUCUGCGCCCGUCGAGGUGAUGGAGCGACCGGCUGUGCUCUGGAUUGGACAGACAGAGGCUGGCAGCUCCGACGUCUUAGAGCACAACAAUAAAGGUGAAUUACGGGGCGCUGUGUUGUACAACGUGGGGUGCUUAAUGGAGCCGGAUGAGGCUCUCCGCUUGCUCUCCGUGCCCUUCGACCCCAUAUGA